AUGAACAAGCUCUGGCAUGCAGACGAAAUGCCUGUGCGGCAAUCUCCUGCAACUGAGUAUUUCGAUCUCGGCAUUUAUCAGCGAGAUGUGAGCACCGAUAGCAGCGAUGCGCAGGUCUGGUUUAACCGCGGUCUCAUAUGGGCAUAUGCCUUCAAUCACCUCGAGUCAGCGUUUUGCUUUGAACAGGCCAUACUAUUUGACCCGAAAUGCGCAAUGGCAUAUUGGGGCCUGGCCUUUGCGCUGGGACCAAAUUAUAACAAACCGUGGGAGCUAUUUGACGGGCAGGACCUUUCGGUGAGCACUACGCGCGCUCACGUAGCGAUGCUAGAGGCUCAAAACCAGAAAGAUAGAGCAAGUCCUGUCGAAAAGGCGUUGAUUGAUGCCUUGAUGCAGCGUUACCCUCAACGACAGCCUUGCGGUGACUGUGCUACUUGGAAUGCCCAAUAUGCUGCAGCCAUGACUUCUGUGUAUCAGAAAUUCCCGGAAGAUUUGGAUGUCGUGGCUCUGUACGUGGACUCAUUGAUGAACUUGACUCCAUGGCAGCUUUGGGAUCUGUCCACAGGACUGCCCUCCCCCCAGGCCCGUACAUCGGAGGCGAAGGUUGCCCUGGAGCGUAUUCUCACUCAAGAGAGGGCGCUGCAGCAUCCCGGUCUUUUGCACCUUUAUAUACACCUGAUGGAGAUGUCUCCCACCCCAGAGCUUGCCAUUCCGACUGCGGAUUACCUGCGAGGUCUGGUGCCUGACGCGGGUCACCUUGAGCAUAUGCCAAGUCACCUCGACAUUCUGUGUGGUGACUACCGUCGGGCCAUUAUCGCGAAUACUUCGGCGAUUCGAGCGGACGAAAAGUUCCUCGCCAGACGAGAGACGGGACAUUUCUACAAUCUUUAUAGAUGUCAUGACUAUCAUUUCCGCAUGUAUGCCUCCAUGCUGUCGGGGCAGUCGAAAAUUGCCAUUGAUACUGCCAAUUUACUUGCCGAAUCAGUCUCGGACGAUCUCUUGAGAGUCAAGUCCCCUCCAAUGGGGGACUGGUUGGAAGGCUUCAUCGGGGCCAGAGUACACGCUCUGAUCCGGUUUGGUCGGUGGGACUCUAUUCUUGCACUUGCGCUCCCGACAGAUGCAGAUCUUUACUGCGUCACAAUCGCCAUGAUCCAUUAUGGAAGAGGCAUCGCGUAUGCUGCUACUGGGUGCCUAAAAGAAGCCAAACGAGAAGAAGUGCUGUUCGCAGCAGCUCACUCACGUAUCCCUUCAUCUCGAACCAUCUUCAACAAUCUGUGCGUCGAUAUUCUGGGCGUGGCGGCACUGAUGUUACGGGGCGAGAUAGCUUAUCGUCAAGGAAUGUACGAUGAGGCUUUUGCCCUGCUGCGACGCGCAGUUGAAACGGAUGAUAAUCUCCCAUAUGAUGAGCCUUGGGGCUGGAUGCAGCCUUCACGACACGCUUUAGGGGCAUUAUUGCUUGAGCAAAAUCGCGUCCAAGAGGCCAUGGACGUGUAUGCUGCGGAUCUCGGGCUCGAUGAUUCAUUACCUCGGGCCUUGACACAUCCAAACAAUAUCUGGUCUCUCCAUGGAUAUCAUGAAUGUCUUGUCAAAAUGAAGAAACAUGCCGAGGCGCAAGCCAUUCAACCGCAUUUGCGAUCGGCAAUGGCGUUCGCUGAUGUCUCCAUCAACUCUUCGUGUUUCUGUCGGCUGGAAACAGAUACGUCCGCUUGCAUCGAACAAUCCUUGUAA